AUGGACCUUCAAUUUUCAUUUUGCUUUGUCUUCUUCACCUUCACCGCCGUUUUCUUCCUCUUCUCUUUCUCACUUUAUAUCCUCCGCCUUAAUCGCUGCUGCAACUGCGACGUCUGCACCGCCUUCAUCACACGGAGUUGGGCGGCUGAGUUUGUGAAUCUUUCAGACUGGUACACCCAUCUCCUCCGUAAAUCGCCCACAGGCACCAUCCACCUGCAUGUACUCAACAAUAUCAUUACAGCGAACCCUGAUAACGUUGAGUACAUGCUCAAGACAAACUUCGAUAACUACCCAAAAGGAAAAGCUUUCUCAGCCAUCCUCGGAGAUCUUCUAGGCCGAGGUAUUUUCAAUGUCGACGGAAAGUGCUGGAGGUUUCAGAGAAAAAUGGCGAGUUUGGAACUUGGGAGUGUGUCUAUUAGAUCACACGCUUUGAAUGUUGUGGUAGAUGAGAUUGAAUCUCGGCUUAUUCCAUUCUUUUCAUCGGUUGCUGAGAACAAAGACGGCGCCGUUUUGGACUUGCAAGAUGUAUUCAGAAGGUUUUCUUUUGACACUAUAUGUAAAUUCUCAUUCGGGUUAGACCCGGGUAGCUUAAAACCUUCACUACCCGUUUCAGAACUCGAGUCCGCCUUUGAUUUGAGCUCUAAGCUUUGUGCUGAGAGAGGCAUGGCGCCGUCGCCAUUGAUAUGGAAGAUCAAGAGACUUUUCAACAUGGGGAGUGAGAAAAAGCUAAAAGAAUCCAUCAAGAUCGUCAAAAGGAUGGCGGAUCAAGUAAUCAAGACACGAAGAGAAACGGGUUUUUCUUCAAAUAAUGAUUUGCUUUCAAGAUUCAUGGGUUCCAUCAGUGACGGUGAUUACCUCCGAGACAUCGUCAUCAGUUUCCUUCUGGCCGGAAGAGACACGGUGGCGUCCGCGUUGACCAGCUUCUUCUUGUUAAUGUCACAAAACCCGAAAGUCGUGAAAAAGAUCCGUGAGGAAUCUGAUCAGGUCAUGGGUGAGACCCGUGAUACAUUAGCCAGCUUUAAAGAUCUACAAAACUUGCAUUACUUGCAAGCAGCGUUUCACGAAAGCAUGAGGCUUUAUCCACCUGUGCAAUUCGAUUCCAAAUUCACUAAACAAAAUGACGUGUUACCUGAUGGGACUUUCGUGAGGAGAGGGAGUCGGGUCACAUACCACCCUUAUGCAAUGGGUCGUAUGGAGCGGGUAUGGGGCCCCGAUGCCUUGGAAUUCAAGCCUGAAAGGUGGAUCCGAAAUGGGGAGUUUAAGCCAGAAAGUGCAUAUAAGUAUCCGGUUUAUCAAGGCGGGGUUAGGGUUUGUUUGGGGAGGGAGAUGUCAUUGGUCGAAAUGAAAAGUGUUGCGUUGUGUUUGAUUCGGAGGUUUGACGUGAGAGUGGUGAACCCUAGCCAGGCACUACGGUUUGGCCCGGGGCUUACUGCCACCGUGAGUGGUGGACUCCCGGCGGUGGUGCGGCCAAUAGACCUGCAGCUAGCCUAG